AUGAAAUCGUCCGCAAUGGAGUUUUUGUAUAUUUUCUUAGUCUUUAUAGUUUCUUUUGCGAGCGCAGCAUUGAAUUUGCAGGACUAUCCACAUCUUUAUCCGUUUGAUAGGGACUUACAAAAGAACGUUCUGGACCCCGAAUUGUGUAAACGACAACUGGAUUACAUGUUAAAUACGGACACUUUGCUUUUAAUGAAUUUCUUAGACGCAGGACCACGGAUUCCAAAAGGUGUUCUAGGAGGGAAUUUGAAGAGUACAGGUCACUUCUAUGAAUGUCUUGGUAUCAGCAAGACUGUAGAUGAUAUUAAUAUAGAUGGAAAGUAUUGUACAGUGAAUGUACCGCUAGUCCAAAAUUUUAACUUCUCUUCUGUCGAUUGGCCGCCGAAAUUACCAUUUAAUUUAGCAGCGCAAUGGGUAGACUUCUACCGUAGCCUAGAGAAUGAGGACUUCAGAGAUUUCCUCAAUGAAAACGAAGUGAGGAAAUCGAAUUUAAGAAAGUACCUGUCUUUUGCUCCGUACGUGGAAAAAUUAACGGAAAUCUCCAAAAGCGACAACAGUGUAUUGGCGGCUUUGUCAUUCCAGCUAGAUUUGUGUAUACCCAAAACUUGCACGGCUGGUGACGUCAUAAACCAUUUAUUCAAUAUCAGUGCUCUCGGGUUCGAAUAUCGGGAAGGCUUGUGUCGUCUUCCGAAUGACAAACAUUGGGUGACUGCUGACUAUCUAGCCAUAUGUGUGUUCUCCCUUCUCGGUUUCAUUGUUGUGGCCAGUACACUCUAUGACCUGUACUUUCUAUUUUAUCUCAAGAAAAGUUCAUCUCAACCACAUAUACUACGGAUAUUCUCUGCUUACUCUAAUCUCGGUGUAUUAUUGGACUUGUCGGCGAAACCUGGAUCCUUACAAUGCCUGGACGGGAUCAGGGCCAUUGCAAUGCUCUGGGUUAUCAUUGGACAUGUUUUUGUGUUCAUACCCGUUGUCGGUUACAAUUUCUUAGACAUGCAAGAGUGGCAAACAUCUACUAAAUCUGUAUGGAUAACCGGUGCACCAUUUACAGUUGAUACCUUUUUCAUGAUCAGUGGUCUUCUUGUCGUUUACACCAGUAUGGCCAAAUAUACGAGCAUGGGUCUCUUAAAGAAUCUCCACGUAUUUUAUCUGAAUAGAUUACUUCGCAUGUUUCCCUUGUUGGCAUUGAUGGUUCUCUUCGAGGCGUCACUGUACAACAGGAUACUGGAUGGAGAGUUUUGGCAGAUAGCGGCAAACGGUGCCCAUAGCUGCCGAGCUUUUUGGUGGUGUACCUUAUUUCAUGUCCAGAACUUCGUGGUGCCAGAGGGAAGUUGUAUCCCGGUCAUGUGGUAUUUGGCGAUCGAUGUUCAACUUCACAUCUUAUCACCCCUGGUCCUGUUCUGGGUACUCCAGGGCAACAAACGAUCGUCUUGGGCAGCGCUUAUAAUCUCCUUCCUAGUGUCGAUCACAAUAGCCACAGUUUACAUCUUCUUGGGCGAUAUACACCGCAAUUAUUUCACAUACUAUUAUGUGAACAUACUGACACGAUCGCCGCCAUUUUUCGUUGGAAUGAUCGUGGGCUAUUUCUUGCGCGCUUACAGAAGUACAGAGUUCAAGAUGUCUACGCCUCUAAGCAUAUGCAUAACGACUGCCUGUCUACCCACAUUUUACCUCAUAAUGCACGUGAACUUCUUGAAAACGUCUGGCGAUUGGGACAAUACCACUUUGAGUCACAUAGUCGAUUCGUUUGCAAGAUCCAUUUGGGCUGCAGCUUUGGGAUGGGUUGUGUUUAUGUGUGUGAAUGGAUAUGCAGGUCCAAUCAACUGGUUCCUAAGUUUGCCGAUGUGGAAGAUACCAGCUCGUGUCUCUUACGCCAUAUCUUUCAAGUUCUUAGCACUCACAGUGAUUACAGUUGUUCUGUCUAUAGUACUUACUGCCCUCAUAGACAUCCCGUUUUCGAUUAUUGUCAAGAUGGUAUUAGAUACAGUUACAGUAAAGACGCUCAAACCACAGCCUCUAGUUUGCCAAAAUGGCAGAUCUAAGUCCGAUGGAGCUGAUCUGAAAGGAAAUAUUAACAUUGGAUUCGUACGCGAUGAAAAUGGGAAAAGCUAA